GUAUGGUAUUAUAUAUUCUUAAGUCUCAACCAGAACUCCUGAUAACAGAAGUCACCCACAAUUCCUUCUUCCUUCCUUCUAUAGACAGUAUGAGCAGUAUCAUGUAUUUCCAACCUUUCAUCCCCCAAACGCAUCCAAUAUUCAAACCAUAUGGAUUCAAUCGCCGUUCAAUUUUUGCCAGAAAAAAACUCACCGCUCGAUUUCGAGCCUCUUCUUCUUCCUCUUCAUCUUCUUCCACUAACCAUUCAUGGACAUAUGAUGUCUUUCUAAGUUUUAGAGGAGAGGAUACACGCAGCAAUUUUGUAGGCCAUUUGCACAGCAAUUUAGUUCGGAGGGGAAUUAAAACCUUCUUAGAUGAUGAUGGCCUUGGUAGAGGAGAAGAAAUAUCACCCGCUCUUCUUAAAGCAAUCGAGGAGUCAAAAAUUUCAGUCGUCGUACUUUCAAAAAAUUAUGCUUCCUCAAAGUGGUGCUUGGAAGAACUCGUGAAGAUACUUCAGUGUAGAGAAUCAAAGCAACAAAUGGUUUAUCCCGUUUUUUACAAGGUAGAUCCGUCAGAUGUGCGACAUCGGAACGGUAGCUUUGGUGAGGCACUUGCUCAUCAUGCAGGCAAAUUCAAGGAUAACUUGAAGAAGGUGGUGGAGUGGAACAAAGCUCUUACAACAGUAGGAAACUUGUCUGGGUGGCAUUUCUUGGACGGAGGUCAUGAAUCUAAGUUCGUUGAUGCAAUUGUCGAAGAGAUUUCACGGAAGCUAUUAGACUACACAUAUUUAAGUGUGGCAAAGUACCCAGUUGGAAUAAAGUCUCGUGUGGAGAGUAUGCUUAAUCUUUUAUGUAUUGGGAAAAAUGAUGUCCACAUAGUAGGGAUAUGGGGAGUUGGUGGAAUAGGAAAGACAACAAUUGCUAAAGCAGUUUACAAUUCAAUUGCCUAUAAAUUUGAAGGUAACUGUUUUUUGGCAAAUGUUAGAGAAGAGUCAAUGCGAUCUGGAGGCCUUGUCCGUCUACAAAAGACUCUUCUUCGCAAGAUUCUAAGGGACGACAAAUUGAAGGUGCCUAGUGUUGAUGAAGGAAUAACCAUGAUAAAAGAAAGGCUAUGUCAUAAAAGAGUUCUUUUAGUUCUCGAUGAUGUGAAUCAAUUGAACCAGUUAAACAAAAUAGCAGGAAAUCCUAAUUGGUUUGGUUCAGGCAGUAGAAUAAUUGUUACAACAAGAGAUAAGCAUUGCUUAACUGCUUGUGAUGUCAAUGAAAUAUAUGAGGUGAAGAAGUUAAGUCACCAUGAAGCUUUAGAGCUCUUCAACUUUAAUGCCUUCCAAGAACAUAGACAUAUGAAUUAUGAAUAUGUUGAACUCGUAAAUAGUGUCCUACUCUAUGCUCAAGGGCUUCCCUUAGCUUUAGAAGUUUUGGGUUCAAGUUUACGUGGUAGGAAUGUAAAUCAAUGGAAAUGUGCAUUAGACAGUUACAAAAGUCUUCCCAAGCAAGAGAUUCAAGAAGUUCUGAAAAUAAGUUAUGAUGCAUUGGAACCUUUGAUCAAAGAAGUUUUUCUUCACAUUGCUUGUUUUUUCAUAGGCAAAAGUAAGAACUAUGUGACGGAUGCACUAGAAGGUUGUGACCUUCCUAAAUUCGGUAUUGAAUUACUCAAGGAAAAAGCGCUCAUAAAUGUUACCGAAGCAAAUGAUAUUGAGAUGCAUGAUCUACUAGAAGAAAUGGGCCAAGAAAUAGUUUUUCAAGAGUCGCCAAGUGAGCCUGGACAACGUAGCAGAUUAUGGCGUUACGAGGAUGUUCACCGAGUUUUUGUGGAAAACACAGUAAGUGAAGGAACAGAUAAAGUUCGAGGCAUCAUGGUCGAUGACAUGAAUGGAUUGGGAGAAAAUAUACGCUUGAAUAGUGAAAGCUUCUUAAAGAUGAGAAGCCUUCAAAUUUUGAUAAUCUCUGGCGAUGUAUUUACUGGAGAUUAUGUGAAUUAUCUAUCCAAUGAGUUGAGGGUCCUUAACUGGGAUUGUUGUCCAUUCCUAUCUUUUCCACCCAAUUUUAACCCCAAGAAACUUGUUGUACUCAAGAUGCAUAGGUCUUUUGCGGGGGAGGUAUUGCAGGCAUUCUUUCAACCUUGGAGCGGCAAGUCACCCCUGGGGAUAGGACUGGAGAUUAUGCAAAGUUUGAUGUACAAGUCAGAAUGCUUUGGUCUAAAAAGAAUUCGUGUCUUCUCUAGAUUCCCAAAUUUAGUGGACAUGAAUAUGAGUAAUUGUAGAAACUUAGUUGAAAUUAAGAUUGGAUUUCUUAAGAAUCUAGUCAACUUGGACCUUGGCGGCUGCUGGAGUCUUAGGAAGUUUGAAAUUGCGGAAGUGAUGGAGUCCUUAAAGAGCCUGGAUCUAAGUUACACUGCCAUCAAAGAAUUGUCGUCAUCAUCAAUUGGCAAUCUCAUUAGUCUUGAAAUGCUAACUUUAAGAGCAUGCGAUGAACUCACAAAGGUGCCAACAGAGUCGGAAAUUUCAACCAUUUACUCGACAAGUUUACAGGAGAAGCACUAUGAUCCUCUAAUCGUCAAUUUGAGUGAGUGCAGGAAUCUCGUAGAAAUUUCAGACUUCCAUCGAGAAAUCUAUGGCUUAGAUGCGAGCGGUUGCCAUGCAUUGAGAAAAAUUUCAAGAUUGUCAAACAUUUUGGAAGGUAAAGAGUCAACAAUGAUUCCUUGGAUGAACUUGCAUGGUUGUGAUGAACUGUGCAACAAUCUGGCUCAUGACUACGUGGAAAAACUGAAAAAGAAUUUGCCAGAUGAUUCAGUGGUAACGGCUCUGUUGUCUCUGUUUCUCUCAUGCCGGCAAUCUGAGUUCGAGGUUGCAUUUCCCGGAAGUGAAUUUCCAGAGUGGUUCACCUGCCGUAUGGAUUUUGAGAGGUUCCUCUGGCCUAGGGAUGUUGAUAAGAAAGGAUCUCAAGUAUACAACUUUAGAAUUGAAUUUCCUGAAGAUUUUAGAUGGGAGAAGAAAGGGUUGGCUUUCUGUCUUCAAACUGAAAGGGAGAGAUUUCCCUGGUUUGGGGAUCCAUAUUUCAGACUCUGCUCAAUCUACAUUAAUGGUGUGUGCAUCAACAAAGAAUCCAAACCCUUGCGAAGCCGUUGUUCCGGUAAGCAUUUGUGGUUGUGCUAUGUGCCAUUCAAUACAAUAAUAAGACGGCUCAGUGAGAGUGGCUUACCGCCACCUUCCAUUUGUCUGGUUGAGUUUGAAUUUGAAUAUCAGACCCCAAAAAGUCAUGAGGGUUUCGUGAAACAAAUUCUAGUAAGGGAGGGAAGCUGCGGGGUUCACGUAGUAAUGCCAGAGGAUGAAGGGGUAUUUGUGAAUUCUCCAUCAUCUGCAGGAACCAUCAAAUCCUUAGAAAGUGGAAGGACUGCUACUCUCGACCAAUUUUAAAUGCCCAGUCUUAAAAGGAUUUGGGUUUCCUCAACUCUUAGUCAGACACUCAGACUAGUUUGUGUGGUUUUUAUGAGCUUCUCGGGAACCUUCAAUCAUGCAUGAUAGUCGAAAAGUUCGUGUGCAGUCUGAAUCUCUGUUGACAGACCAUUUCACCAGUUUUUAUUUUUUACUUUUAUUAUUAUUAUCAAUAAGCAAGCAAGCAGCACCCAUCAAGUAGGUUGGGUCAGGACUCAGGACUCCCUGUGCUGUUGAGUUGUAUAAAAUUUGAGUAAAACACAGAAAUAGGGCGCGUCCAAAAUGUUUGGCCAGUUUGCAAAGAAGAAAGAUAAUUUGGUCUGGUAAUAUUGUCGUUAGGAAAAUGGUUACGGUCUCUUGGCGCCAAGUCUGUGCUCCUAAAGCUGAGUCUGGGCUUGGUUUGCAAGAUCUUAGGACUCUUAAUAGGGCUGCUCUCUUGACCAUGGGAUGGAGUACUCUCACUUUGAAAUCUCUAUGGAGUUCUUUUGCAUGUACGAGGUUCUCGAUCUCCUGUCAUAUGAAUUAUCGCUAUUUUGGUUCGUCAUUAUGGCAGGGGUUGAAAGCUACUCUUCCAAUAAUUUUCCAACACUCAAGAUGGCUCAUAGGAGAUGCAAUGGAGUUUGCCACACUGUUUCUCUACUUUAUUUCCAGUUCUGGUAGAUGAGAUUCAUAGUUUGCCCCUCCCUAUUGUCCCUGAAGAUGAUCUUUUGAUUUGGGAGGAUUUGGGUAAUGGGUUUUUCUCCUUUUCUGAGGGAUAUAAUCUUCUACGUCCACACUUUGCUUCUAAUGGUCCACAAGCUCAAGUUUGGAGGCAUUUUCUUCCACCACGGUUCUCUAUACUUGUUUGGCGUCUCCUCCAUAACAAGUUACCCACAGAUGACCAACUUCAACGACGGGGCAUCCCAUUGGUUUCGGUAUGUCAGCUUUGCUCUUUUUGCACUAUGGAGGACUCAACUCAUUUAUUUGUUUCUUGUUCCUUCGCUCAGCAUGUUUGGCAAUGGUUGUCAUGCUGUUUUGGUACUUCGUUACCAACUCAUGGCUCAAUUGGUGAUUUAUGGAGUACAAUUGUUGGUAAACCGUUUUCUCCUCAACUAAAAAAUUUAUGGCUUGCUGGCUGUCUGUUUGCUUUCAUGGCUAUUUGGAAAACAUGUAAUAAGCUUUGUUUGAAUGAUAAGAGGCCUUCUCUUAUGCGUGUUUUUCGCUCUAUUAAAUCUUGGUUGCGGUUUGCUGCUCCUCAUUUGCCUGGUUAUUCCCGUGAUGUGUUGGAUUCUCAGUUGCUAGUGAGCCUGGGAAUCCAACCAGUUGCUCGCAAAUCAGUUGCUCCUCGGUUGGGUCUUUGGCAUCCCCCUAUUUUCCCUUGGAUUAAGCUUAACACUGAUGGGUUAGCUAAAUGUAUUCCUGGCCCUGCAGCUUAUGGUGUUGUUUUUCGGGUUGCGAAUGGUCAUUAUUUUGGAGGUUAUUGUCAAGGUUUAGGUCAACACUCAGCUUUCUUUGCGGAGUUAAUGGGAGUUAUAAUUGGUAUUGAGAUUACUUUUCGAAUGGGAUGGCAUUGUAUUUGGUUGGAGAGUGAUUCGACGAGUGUUUUAGCAUGUAUUUCCUCUACCUCAUUUGCACCUCCUUGGCCACUGCGCAUUGCUUGGUUGAAUUAUUUAUCUCACAUUCGGUCAAUGACAUUUUCACUACUCUCAUGUUCUUCGCGAAGGCAAUUCUGUGGCAGAUAGGUUAACAAAUUUGGGUUUGGCUUCUUCAUCUCUGAUUUGGCAUGCCUCACCUCCACCCGAGAUCUCUCCAUACUUGAGAAUGGAUGACCAGGGGUUCCCUUAUUCUCGUGUUUCUUCUUGAUGUUGCUUUGGGCUUCUUGGAGUUUAUCUCUUUCUUUUUCUCUGUUCCACAGAUGGAAAAUUUAUUUCUUUUCCAUCUUUUAUUUCUUUCUCUGGUCUGUAUUUUUGGGAUUUGGCUUUUGUCCUCCCUUCUCUUGUUUGUAUUUUUCUUUAUUAUUAAUUUAGGACUAAAUACUGUUUAGUCCUUGAACUUUUGCCCUAAAAACACUUCAGUCACUGGCCUUCUAAUUUCAUA